AGCUCUCCCAUUUCCAACUCACAGGCUACCAGAAGCAAAUAAGUCUGGUCGGAGUGAUUGGCCAGAUAAAAUGGUGUCACUCACAUACUAUAAUUUUGAAGAAUCUAUCAACGAUUCGUUACAGUGUAUAAAAGGAACUCAGCAAAAAACUGUUGAUAAAAGUUGUGUAGGUCUUCAAAAGUUUGCUGGCUUUUGUGCUGAUAGUGAUAAUUUAAAUGUCAUUGCUCAGAUCAGCAGCAAAAAUAACAAGGGGAGGAAAGAUAAACGUUUUCAGCCGUUUAGAACAACUAUAUGUCCAUGGACGAAGUGUACAAGUGGAGGAGACUUAACUAAAGUGCCACAUGAUAUUAUUUUCUUAAACACAAUUAACGCACACACAAGUAGGACCACAAAGAAACUGGAGAGUGCAAGUUUUAUUGUCAAAGCAAAAGAAAUGAAAGACUUUUUUAAACUAACAGAAGACAGUGUGAUACAAGGUUUUUUGCAGAUGGAUAGUUGCAAAAGAAUAGCUGAUAAGUAUCUGAUAGCAAUGGUGUUUGCAUAUUUCAAAAGAGCAGACUACACAAUUAAAGACUACACAAGACUGAACUUCUUUUUAGGCCUGUACUUAGCAAAUGAUGUAGAGGAAGAUGAAGAAGAAAUCAAGUAUGAGAUAUUUCCUUGGGUGCUCGGCAAAAACUGGAGAAGUAAAUAUUCCACCUUUCUGAAAAUGAGAGAUGAGCUUUUAAAAAGAAUUGGGUUCAAGGCCAUUAUAAGUAGACGCUGUUGUGACGAGAUUAUGGCUAUUGAACCAGAUAACAAACUAUGGAAACGUGAUAGGCAAAUUCAUCAUGGUGGAGCAGUUAGAAACUACAUGAAGGAUCCUUGUGAUGAUGGCUUCCCACGUGGUCCUAAUGUUAGUCCUCUUUAUUGUGCUGAGUGUGAUGCUCCAGAUAGCCAGUGUAAUUCUGAAAGUCCAGCAAGCACUUCUUGGUUUAUUUCUUCUAGAGAUUCUUCACCAGACAAAAGGGAGCUCAAAAGAGUUGGACCUAAAGUACAAGAUGAUAUUUGGCCAUCAGUAGAAGAGUAAACAGAUGUAGCUUAAUUUGUUUUAAUGAGCAGUUAGAUUACACUUAGUAGAUUAACAUAUAAAACUAAUUACUGCAUAUAAUUUUAAUAAUGUAGGUUCUUCUUAGGUAGACAUUAAUAUGCUGUACCUUAGAGAUUCUGUGAUAACGACUUGACAGGCCUGACUGUGAUAGGUGUAAAAUAUACAGUUUGACAUAAUUUAAAUUUUAACAGAAAUUCAGCAAUAAACAUACCAAUCACGCA